UAUUUACAUUUAGGUUAAUAGUGAAGUUGCAUGCUUUGUACAUGGUACACCCUUCCCUCCCGAGGUAAUUUAUUAGAAAUGGAUAAGUAAGGGUUUCUAAUUUAUUCAAAACUCAGAAACAUGAAUAAUUUGGAGCUCAACCGCAGGAAAUUAUUACGAAAUAGAACACGAACACGGUUGACAGAUGAUGUCCGAGGAAAACGGCCAUAUCAGCUGGAGAAAAAAAGGCCAUAAUGGCCCUUCAUUCACAUUCAAUAUACCGGCUGAUCAAAUUCAGGCGGAGUACCGGAGCAGAGCCAUACUCCAUCAUCCUGACAAGAACCCUGGCAACGCCGAGGCUCUGCGCCAGUUCCAACUCCUGCAGGAAGCCAGGGAGGUGCUCAUGGACCCGACCAGCCGCGCCCUGUACGACAAAUGGAGGAGCUGUGGCAUGGCCAUGCCGUGGCAUACGUGGCGCAACAUGCAGCAGCGGGGCCAGACGAUGCAUUGGGCGGCACCCACGCCCCCGGAGCGCAUGCUUCACGACGCGCCGACGAAGGAAGCUACACCGCUGCACCACGAGGCAGAGCCCCGAGUGUGGCGGCGCGACACCUCCCACUUCUUGAGGAAGUUCAGGAACUACGAGAUUUGAAGGAAUAAUGUAAUCCCUUACACGGUCUUACUAACGCUCCCACUUCUUGAGGAAGUUCAGGAACUAUGAGAUUUGAAGAAAUAAUGUCUUCCCUUACACGGUCUUACUAACGCUCCCACUUCUUGAGGAAGUUCAGGAAUUAAGAGAUUUGAAGAAAUAAUGUGUUCCCGCAAUCACUGGCCAAGAACUGUGGAUCAUUUCUAAAUUAAAUCUGUUUAUAUUACAUUAAUCAAGCCAAGAAUAUUUAAUAUUGUUAAGUGGGUGAGGCAACAUUUGAUGCCCAAGCAUGAGUUUACAGAAAUGUUAAAAUCAGAUACGUUUACGUCAUCGGAUACGUUCACGUAUCACAUACGUUCAAACUACCCAUCAAUCAAUGGGUAGUUUGAAAAGCAAAGAGUUAUAAGAGGUAGAAUAAAAGCGAAUAUCCCGAUAGUUAGAACAAGAUUUAAUAUUUUCAAAUCUUCAUACUUGCAUCUAUCAAAUCAUUCAUUGCUAACGAUCAAAAUUUCGUUAGUUAAAGAAAAAGAGGAGACGGUCGCCGGCUUGUUUGUCAAGUUAUUUUAGCUUUAAGUAACAUAAGGAUAUGUAUUAUUUUAGUUCUGAAUGUGCCAAACGUAACGAAGAAUCACAAAAAUUUAAAUGUAAGCCAUGGAGAUUACUUGACUUGGGGCAGCGUGAAGAACCCGACACUUCUUAUAUAACGAGAUGUAAAUAAAGACAAAUUCUUUCACAUGUAAACGAAA